AUGCAAAUUGGAAAUUAUACGUGUAAUGAGAAUCCAGCCAAGAAUAAAAGGAUGUGGCGCUUGACAGCGACGACGACGCUGCUGCUGGUGACUCUGGUCUUGGCUGAUUCAGACCCGGGAUAUGGCAACUAUGUCCCGUCACCGCCCAUCCACUACCACGCAUGUCCGCCCGUCACCUCUAUGGUAUACGACACGCGCAUCGUCACCUCCGUCAGCCUGUCAACCGUCAACCAAGGCAGCACUGUGGUUAGCACCUCCACCUUCAUCCAGACGCAGGUCGUGUCAACCACUGUGUUCCAGACGACCGGCGGUGUCCAGACGCAGUUCCAGACGAGCUUUACCACGGUUACCUCCACUGUGUUCAACGGUGGCGCCGUAACAAGCACGAUUACGAGCGCGGCCGUGACAAGAACGAUGACCAUCACCACCACUCGCUUCGUCUCGGGGGUCAACGUCGUCACGAACACUCGCACGCAGACGGAUAUCAUCCCGGUGGAGGUCACGCGCACCGAGGUCCUCACCAUCAACCAGCCCGUCCCGGAGUUCGUCACGCAGACGCAACAAGAAACGCGAGUAACAACAGUUCGGGGCAACGACGUGACGCGAACACGAGUCCAGACAAUCCUGCAGACCUCCAUUACGAGAGUGCCUGAGGGUGACAAUACUAUCUUCGUAACCACCACCCGCGUCCAGACAGUGGUGUCAACUCAGGUUUCCAUUGGCCAGAACAUCUUCAGCACCACUUUCUUCCAACAGACGCAGGUCAUUCCUUUCACCAGCUUUGAUACACGUUUUGAAACUGCGUUUGCGACUGAAACCAUUGUCGUUACCAGCGGCGACUUAACUACACAGACGCGCACCGAAACGAGCUUCGUGACUUCGGAGGUAACGACGACAGUGGGUGCCACAAACACGAUCUUCACCACCAUUACUACGAACGUGAACCGACCCGUUACGCAGACAAAUACGUUCACCAACACGGUAACUCUAACCCCAUCCGGUACAGAGCAGACCGUCCCAAUCAUCCGAACUUCACUUAUCCAAGUCCAAGGUCCAGAUCGCAUCUUCCACCAGCAGAUUAUCCAGACCCGACAGCAGCAACAAGUGAUCUUCCGAACCAUUAACCAACCUCAGUUAAUUACUGCAACGGUAGCCGUGCCGGGUUCCUGCGGCGCGGUCGCAGUCGGCGGCGUCGGUGUUGUGGUCGGAGGCGGAGGCUUUGGCAGUCCGCUCGGACCCGGUGGCUUUGGCGGGGUGGCGACGCCAGGAAUCAGCAAUCCAAUCGGAGUUGCCAUCAAAACGUCGCCGACGCCGAUGAGGGUGCUCUUGUUGUGCCUGGUGGUGGGCUGGUCCCUCGAGGAGGCCAUGGAGAGAGACCCCCGUGGGAUUUAUGGGAACCGUAUAGACAUCCAGGCGGGUUUCUUCCCUGCAGGGACACCAGGACCCGUGCUCGUGACCCCGGGAUCGGUGCAAGUGACUCCUGGGCCUUUGCCAGUUACUCCGGGUUCUAUACAUAUACACCCGGGACCUAUAAACGUGCAUCCUGGGCCUGCUCUUGUACACCCCGUCCCUCCACACAUACAUCCUGUACACGUGCACCCGGUGCAUACUCAUGCAGCCUGCCCACCAACCGUCAUCUACAACACCCAUGUUAAGUAUUCCACUAUCGUCUUCCCAUCCGUCACUACUGUGGGCGGUGCCCAGACCCAAACUCAGACCGCGACUAGCACUCAGCUAAUAACCUCCACUAUCUUUUCAAAUGUUGGUGGUGACCAAGUGACUACGCAGAUAGUGUUCCAGACCAGGACGGUGACCACCACGCAAGGGGGCUUCGGAACCCAGUUCGUUACCGUCCCCGGACCGGUGUCCACGACUUUCACUAUCACUACUUACUCUAACAUCGUCAUUCCUCAACCUGUGUUCAGCACGAUUUUCGUGACCAAUACCCAGACGAGGACUGAAACUCUGCCUGGACAAACGCAGACGAUCCAGAGUACUGUGUACAGCACGACUGUGUCCACGGUCUUCCUCCCUGGCGAGGACGUGACAAGCACGCAGACUGUUUUCAGCACCUCGGUCAUCACCCAGACCAUCACUCAGGGAGGACAGACGUUGAUCAUCACUUCGACGCAGUUCGUGCCCGUGACCACCACUAUCUUCUCGACGACGGCCAUCACCAACACCCAGACGCAGUUCGUGACGAGCACCCUCUUCACGAACGGCGUGACGACAGUGGUGAGUGUGCAGCAGGUGCCGGUCUUCAACACGAGAACUGUCACAGCAGCCGGGGAAAUCACGAGCACCAUCGUAUCCACGCAGGGAAUAGGCUCGACGGCCACCAUCGACACCACCAUCGAUACGACCGUCACUCUGAGCGGCGGGACGUCUGUGGUCACCGCCACAAGCACGGCCCUCAAGACGCAGCUGGUGCCCGGGGUGGUUCGCACCGUCUACCGCACCCACGUCGUGUACCACACCAACUUGAUCACGUCGACCGUCCUGAACCGCUACUACAAGACGCUCACCGCGACACACACACUGCCCGUCAAAUGCAAGACCGGAUAUGGGCACCCUAGUCCCACGCCCGCACACAAACCCUGGGGGCGCUGA